AUGAACCUCUCGACCCACUACGAUCAGGCGCUUGUGCACGUCAAGAAUACGAGCUUCGCAACGAGCCGUUCCGAUGACCCGAUUGUUUCUGUGUUUGAAAGCACGAUCCGCUAUAUCGGCGGCAUGCUCUCUGCCUACGAGCUCGGCGGUAUGCGUGAUGAGGACGUGACGAUCCCCUGGCAGCAAGUCGACUCGAAGAACCGCCAGCCUAAUCGAGAUAACGCGGAAACGACACUCGCGGACGCGGGCUCGCUGAUCAUUGAGAUGGGUCGCCUUUCUAUAUACAGCGGCGACCAGCGAUACGUGCAGCUGGCAACAAAGACAAUGAUGGCACUGCGAGAAGGACCACAGGUGUUGCCGGGCAUGCCAGGCCUGCGGAUUGAUGUGGCGCAUCAGAUUCAGAAUGACACACUCGUCACCUGGGGCGGCGGUUCUGAUUCAUACUUUGAGUAUUUGCUCAAAGACGAUCUCUUGACUGGUCAGCAAGUGUACAGUGAUGCGUGGAACAUCGCAGUCGAAUCUUCCUUGCGCGUUCUGCGGGAGACAUCGACUCGAGGUAACGUCUAUCUAGCAGACAUGUACAAAGGCAGAUUGAGCUCUCAAGCAUCACAUCUUAAGAGCUUUGCUGGCGGAAAUCUGAUCCUUGGCGGCCGGCACUUUGCGAACGAGACAAUCUUUCAAGCCGGUCUCGAUCUGACACGGGCAUCCUGGCAGAGCUAUAACAGUACAGCCACUGGUAUCGGACCGGAGAGCUACUCUUAUGUGCCGCAGAAUGCCCACAAUAGCUCUGUUCCUGCGGACCAGAAGGAUUUUUUCGAGGCACAUGGUAUCGCUAUGCUUGCAGCUGACUACUACCUGCGACCUGAGACGAUCGAGAGCCUCUUCUAUGCUUGGCGUACGACUGGCGACACCUUAUAUCAGGAUCAAGUUUGGGAGAUCUUCCUCAGUCUCGAGGCGCACUAUCGCACGCCAGCAGGCGCGUUUUUCGGCCGAAUCGAUGUCAACGAUGUCGAUAGUCCGCUGCUCGAUGACACGCAGGAGAGCUUCUUCUUCGCAGAAACGCUACUGUACACGUAUCUGACCUUCAGUGACGAUGUCUCGCUCGACGAAUGGACCCAAGGCUGGUGUGGAGGUGAUACGUCACAGCACGAGCAUCACCGUCAAGCCAUGCCCGCACCAAGCCUCGAGCGCACACUCAGAUCGAUCAGAACUCUGCUUGAGUCGGGCGAUUUCUAUGCUGCCCAUCAGAAAUAUCGCACGUCGGCCGCACGACUGCUCAAGGGACCUGUAGGCAAGGGCGCACCUGGCCAUUGGGAUGGACCAGCUCAGCAAGCUGCCGACAUCUUGUUCGAAGGAUCCAGAGGCCUACUUGAGAAGGGAGAGAUCGGCAGCGGGACAGAUCUGGGCCUCUACCUGCUCGAGGUCUGGUCGACACGCAGCGUGCCCUGCACUGAUGCAGAACGAGGCAAGGUGAAGCAGCUCGUCGCUUUGGCGGGCUCCUCGGGCACAUGGCGCAAAUCUCUCAUGGAUACCGCCAUCUCUUGGACAGCCAAGGUCAGUGGUUCUCCGAGCGGAGAUGCAAAAUUGCAUGAAGCGUUUGGACAAGCCUUAGCGAAUGAGCAAGACUACGUCGCUGCGGAGCCUCAUCUGUUAGCAUCAGGGUCCAGCGACGCGGCAAAGACACUCGCAGUCGGUCUUUACGCAUGGUCGAUCAAUGAUCCGACAGGCAACCAAGGCGUAGGCAGGUAUGCAGCGAGGGGUGUCCUGAGCUUACUCGAAGCUUCCUUCAUAGAAGCUGCCCGCAGUUUCCUUGCUCAGUUCCUUGCGCUGCUGCUAAGAGCGCAGCCCGAUCUUCGUCUGCAGGCGAUGCCCCUCAAAGGCGACUCGUUCUCAGACACCAGCUCGCCAGACGAGUUCAUCCUGACAAAGAUACCUUCGCUCAAUUUCCUGCAGCUCGCCAUCAGAACAUGUCAGAUCGGAGCAGGCGAAGCGCUGAUUGCUCCUCCGUCAGGAGCCGGUCGAGGCAUGGGUCGCGCGGCAUGGCAAGCUCUUGUGGGACGCUACGAGCGCGAAGUUCCCUGGUUGCGCCUGCCUGAUGUUGCAGAGUCUCGUGCUCAUCUGGCAGAGCUAUACUUCGGUAUUGCACCGCCACGCAAGGGCAAUGAUAUGCUCAGCGGACUCAUGUCGAGCCUCUUUGGCGGUGGAUCUGGACAGUCCGCGUCCGCAGGAAGGCCAGCAGUCACGGGCGGCUCGCUUGACUAG